ACAGGCCGCCAUAUUCGUUUAUUAUCAGUACUCGAAAACCUCGCAGUUGUCAAGAUAAUUGUCUAAAGUUAAUUAAAAAUACAGUAAUAAUGUUGGAAAUUAAAUUAGAAUGUGGUCGUGGUUGUAAAACUGUGCUCACUCUCGAGAAAAGCGAUUCAGUGGAUGAAUUGUGGAAACAUUUGGAACUUAAGGGAUUUUCAAAGGCCAAUUUUUAUCUUCUCCAAAAUGGAAGACCAUUGAACACCUUUGAGACCUUCCUGUCAACUCAAGCAACACUAAUUCCAAGAUGUCUGGGGGGCAAAGGAGGAUUUGGCUCGAUGUUACGAGCCAUUGGUGCCCAAAUAGAGAAGACAACGAACCGGGAGGCGUGCAGGGACCUGAGUGGUAGAAGACUACGGGACAUAAACGAGGAGAAACGCCUGAAAACUUGGAUUGAGAAUCAGGCGAAUAGGAAGGAGGAGCAGGCCGAGAGAAAAAAGAAGAAACUGGAGAGACUCUGUGCUGAGCCCAAGCACGAGUUCAAGGACAAGAAUUACGAGCACGAGAGGUCUAUCCUGACUGAGAGGGUCGACGACGCAGUUGAGCAGGGUUUCAAGACAGCAGCUGCUGCCUCGACAUCAGUUGUGGAGGGUAAAAAGAAUGACAGAGAUAAGGGUGUGAAGAGAAAAACUCUGCUGGAUGAAUUCGACGAGAUUGAUUCGGACGAACUGAGCAGUUCUGAGGACGACGAAAGCUCUGAGCCCUCCAAAAAAAUUAUCAAGACAACGGUGAAGACAUCUGAGGACAGUGGAUGCUCCUCCAGUGUCGAAGACCAUUCUGAGUCUUCAUGUGAUAAGAAUCUAGCGGAGGAGGAGAAGGGAACAAAAGUUUCGAAGAAUGAUAAUGUGAGGGAGAGCGAAUAGACAGUAUGUGUUGUUUAGUUGUAAGUUUUAAGAUAAAAAUAAAUGGAUUAUAGUUUGAAUAA